AUGCGAACCAGUCGAGACAAUUCCGUAUGGCGCUCGGAACCAUCUAGUGGCGGCUUUUCCUGUGUGCGCAACACUUCGCGACAGUCAGUGAAUGAAUCCCCGAUUCGGGGCGCUUGGUUGCACCACAGUCAUACGACACGUCUUUCUUCGUCCGGUCAAUCGGUCUGCGCUGGUUUGAGACUGGCAGAGGGACGCAUACCGGAUCCGAAAUCGAAUCAAUCCAGACAGGAACUGGGCAAAUCUUCUCAAUCGGAAUCCCAUUCCGGUCAUGGUUAUCAUAUGCCACGCAGUGCUUCAGCAACUACUGUCUCUGCAAUGACCGUCUGUGGUUCACGUGCCAGACCAGUUGGUUCGGAUACAUCCUGGCCCACAGAAACAACGACUAACGAAGAAUGGCAAAAGCCAGAGUCCGCCAGAUCGUUUGCUUCUCAACUGGCCACAAGUAAUGCGAAUCCCCUAUUGUUCCACAAAGAUGACCUCGAGUCUUCCUCAUCCAGUGGCAUGCCUUGGUGGUUAGGCUCACAGCAACUAUCAGUCACAGGCGAUACUCGACGUCCAGAAGCUACUUCGUGGAACAACUUAAAUCUGAAACCCGAUCCAUCAUCUAUGAACAGAUUGUCACAGGCGACCGCUGUGACAACCACUCUGUCCAGUGUGACCAAACUGCCUCAAUUUCUGGAUCUAGACACCAGAACCUUGUCCAAUCGAGUUUGGAACCCCGGUGAUAAUCGAGCGCUGUUUGACGACAAGCCACCACCACCACGACGUCGAUGCAAUGCACCUUUAAAUUUGGAUCUGAGUGGGAUUUCUCAACCGGAUCAAUCCACGCGUCCCGGCGGAUCGCACCUAGGUCUAGUCACUGAAUCACACUUGGCCGGGGUAAGCUGUGUCACCUCAUCUUCAUCUGGACAGGCAUCACUACCGCCAUCCAGAUCUCAGACACGAGAGGACGCGUUCCGUCCCCAUCCGGGAUUUCCGUUAGCUAUUCAUCCAUCCAUGGGCUCCCAUCCUGCCGUCGCUCCCCCGCCCAUUCUCGGUAACAACCAGUAUUCUCCAGUCACUCCGGCGCCUGGCAGUGCGACACUGAUUAACGAGCAAAAAAUGGAACAACCGAUGGCUUUUACUUUUCCACCCGCAGAACCUUUUCAUACCACUAACAAUACAUCCUAUUCGGUCGAUCCACACGGACCGUCGUCCAUGAAGAUCACCACGGAAUAUUGUACAAGUCCACCGGCUCGUCUUCCGUCCGUGCUCGAGUCGACUGGCAUGUCAAACAAGGGAAUGAACACCACAGAACGGGAAGCCUGCCUGAAGCAUAGCAAUUCGUCCGGUAAACUGGAACCGUUUCUCACUCGUUGGCAUUCGGAUUCCAGUCGACCGGUGUCUGCGCACGGGUCCAGUUCCGGUUACGGACACAAUGUGUAUCGGCUGAACGAACCGUGGUCGGAACGGACCCUAGCCUCCGGAUCAAAUGAUCUCGAGUCCAUGUCCGGCUCAACCGGCACUCCGAACUCUCACGGGGAUGUGCUGUUCGCAGCUUUACCUACCAACGAGCCUGCAACGCAUCCAAACGAGCAACAGCUGUAUUGUCCACGUCCACGCUAUUCAUCCAAUCAAACGUCUGAUUCGAAAUUGACCGAAGAACGUGCUGGAUUCACCCAACCGUAUGCCCCCAGUUUUGGUCCUAUCCCGCCACCACAUCGGCAUGCAUUUAAUAACGACGGUAGCAGUAGCAGUGAUGAGAAAGGUCCCAUUCGUACGCGUCCCUAUCCGGCCAUCACCGAAUCGUCCUCCUCUGCCGCACUGCUUCAUCCGUUCUCCACUCUCACCAAUCCAAAUCUGAAUCAUCCUCAGCACCACCAACAACAACAACAACAUCGUCCAGCUGCGCCAGAGGAACCUGAACGCACACGGCACACAUCGGCUCCGUUCCUUAGCCCCGUGGAUCAUCAUUCCGAUCCCAAUAUGGGCUCGUUUCUCGCCAGCUCCGUGGGUCCGGCCUCACGUGGCUAUUCGGACACCCCG